AUGGCCGUCGGUCUAAUAUCUUUAUUGAAUUGCAAUUUUGCGAAUUGUUUAUAAACAAAUAAACGUGUCGACAAUUGCGCUGAAUUUCGACUCGAAAACGACCGGAAAAUGUUCGUCUAAUUGAAAAUUUACAAAGGUAUCCUGACUUAUACGCGAGGAAAAGUAUCUUCGAAACAAAGAAGAAUCGUUGUGUUGCGGAAAAAGUGCGAAAAAAGUGAAAAAUGGGCUUCGAAACGAGCGUUAAAUAAUGUUCCCGACUUCGCUCUGUUCUUUCAAAGCAUACAACGAAAAAAUGGCAUUAUUCGAGUUCGGCUAAACAAUAAUGUAGACAGAUAGCAAAAAGUGCGUAAUUUUGGUGAAAAAUGUCUCAAAAAAACGCUUCAAAAAUGUGCAAAUCACCUAAAAAUACCGCCUUUAACAAACACGAAAAAAUCGAGUACGAUUUGAGCACCAACUGCACCGUGGUGGGCUCCAACAACUUGAACCUCGUCAAGAAACCCCAAAACAUCAUCAACAUGUCGCCCGUUUACUCGAACCCGUCGCCCAGUUACCCGCAAUCACCUUACUCGUCACCGGCAAGCCUCAAAAGCCCUUCUCCCAGUUUAAAACCACCAACACCUCAACCGAACUUCCCAGUCAUGCAGAUAAUACACAACAACCACCCGUUACUGGCCAGGCAGAUACAAACUAGCCAACCACAGAACAUAAUCAAGCUGAAACCACACUUAAAUAUACUGCCCAAACCAUCAGCUAGCCCGCAACCAUCACCAAAACCCAGUGUUAGUCCCCAAAUUGUGAUACCAAACCACCAGCAAGCGACCAUAAUGCCCACUGCGCAGCCGCUGCUGCUCAACCAGAUGCCUACGAUGUUGACAGGGCCGGGCGUUCAGUUUAUUCUGCGGCCUCAAACGGCAACGAAAAUACAACCGCAGAUGCCCGCAGCUGCGACGGCAACGCCGCAAGGGCUGAUCCUGCAGCAGAGCGGUCAGCAGCUGCUGCACAUCCCGAGAUCGCAGCCCAUGGUCAGGGUUUUGACCAACGGGAUGCAGCUGGCGCCCAGCACUACGACCUACGUCACGCACAUGGCGAAUCAGCAGCCAAUCACGGCAGCGCAAAUUUCGCAGCAAAUAGUCAACAACGUUCAUCAGCACCAACAGCCGCAGCCUAUAAAGAAGAAGCCGAAACAGAAGCCGAAGAAAAAAUUGGAUCUGGCCAACAUCAUGAAACUAUCUGGAAUAGGAGACGAUGACGACAUCCAGUUCGAGAGCGACGCUUCGCAGAGCGAAAGCGAGCACAACUCCGUGCCGGGAACGCCGCAGCCGCUGCAGCUGCAGCAACAGCAGCACCAAAACCUGCUGCAGCAGGCCGCCGUCCAGCAGAACCUCGCUGAAUCGAAAAAACAGCAACAGCAGCAGCAUCAACAACAACAACAACUCGGCAACAUCCAGAUAUCGGCGAUGCCGCUGUCAGCUCCGGUGGUACAAGUGUUGAACCAGAACUUCCAGAGCGGCAUGAUUUCUAACAGCACGUCGCAAACGCAAACGGGAAUUCCGUUCAACUCCUUCAUAGCGCCUAAUUUCACCAUCAACAACGGCUUGAUGCUGCAGCGAAGCAGCGGGGGUUUUAAACUGACGAUGGGCGAGGACGGUCGGUUGGUUUUGCAGCACGACCCGCAGCUGCAGACGCAGGAUCUGCAGUCGCAGCUGAUCCUGCAGAGCCUGCUCGGUUUAAACGGCGGCCUGGUGCUGCAACCGUCGAUGGAUCAGCAGACGAUUCAGCAGCAGACGGUGCAGACGAUACAGCAGCAAUCGGUGCAGACGAUACAGCAGCAGACGAUACAGACGGUGCAGCAGCAGAUUCAGCAGCCGCAGAUUCAGAACCUGCAGCAGCAGACGGUGCAGCAGACGAUUCAGCACCAGACGGUGAGUCAGCCGCUGAUGCAGCAGAUCGUGCAGCCCAUGCACGGUCUACAAAACCACCUGCAAAACUUGAUGAAUCAGCAGCAGCAGCAACAGCAACACAUUCAACAGCAACAAUCGUCGCCAGCACACACACCGACGCACACCCCGAUUCAGAGUUUCCAGCAAACUCAAACGCAGACGCAACCGAUUCUGAAAGUGCAACCGUUUCAAAAAAGUCAACCGCCGGUGCAAACGGUGCACCCGCAACCGAUACAACAACAAACUUUACCGCCGCCGCCGCCACAAGAAGCCUCGCCCACUUCUUACGUCGUAAAUUUAACCCCCGAUCAGCUGGAGCAGCUGAAGCGUAACGGGCAAGUCACGGUGAACGGUCAAACGAUUUUUAUGCAACGCCCGAAUAAAUGCAACGACGCGGAAAAAAAAUUAUCGCCGAAAUCAAAACCCAUUAAAAAGGCGAACAAGAUUCACGCGGUGAAGAAUUUUUUGAACGACGAGCCGCCCAAACCGCUUCCGGAACCGCCCAAGGAGAAGGUGCUCUGCCCGGCGCCCAAACCGCAAAACCCCCCGCAGAUGCUGGUCCCCCCGCAAAACAGCAAACCAUCGAUUCAAACGACCAAAAACAAGAGCAAAAAAAUCGAAUCUAACGGUGAGAAUGUCGACAAGCUGUUCAACCAGAUUUUGGAGGAAAACCACCACCACCAGCAAGAAAUAAAACCGCAACCCAACAAACCUCCACCAAUCACAACGAUAGAGUUAACACCGCAAAAACAGCAACACUUGCGGAGCAUCCAAGUGCAGAUACAAACGCUAAACAAUCGCAUGCAGCCGGGGGACUUGGAGAUGCAGAACGCGUUGAAACUUUUGUUCAACGAGCAGCAGAAGAUUCUGGCUAGCGGCAAGUUGCUGCCGCCCGAUAAGGUUUACUACCACAACAACCAGCUGACGAUCGUGAAUCCCAACGUGAAUCCGCUGCCGAGUCCCGGGCAGAUUAAGAGCGAGCCGAGGAGUCCGCAGCCGCAGCCGGCGACAUGCGCUGUUGCCGGUAACAACGUCGCUAGAAGUGUGGAGGGGGUGAAGACGCCAGUUUCUGUGCCGCAAAUCGUGUCGAAUGCUGCGCACCCCGUGCCGCGCAUCGCCGUCCCUCCGUCGGAAAUCGCGCCGACGCAACCGGCAACGCCGCGGCCCGCCGUCAUCAACCACCUACCGCCGCCGUCCUUGCCGACGGUGUUGCCGCAUCCGCCGCCCGCGCACGCCCCGGUCAACCAGGCGCCCCCUGCGCCGCAACCACAGCAGCAACCGGCAACGCCGCACGUCGUCAACAACAACCACAACCACCUGCUGCCGCGGUUGCCGGCUCCCGCGCCGCCCGCACCGCAACACUCGGCAACCGCGCAGCAGCAGCAGCAGCAAACCGCGCACUCUCUCGCGAAAAAAGCGCACCUCAUCGAAAAACAGCUGGCCAUGGACCAAAACGGCGCCACCAACCCCGACUUGAACACCCCGUUCAGGGACAAAAAAGACGCCUGCGUUCGUUUAAUUCGGUACCACUGCAUGGAACAGCCCGUAUUGAGCGAAAAAGAUCUCGACAAGGCCGACGAAAUUUUCGAGGUUACGGCCAAGCAUUUCAUCGGGAAAUACUCCAAGAUGGUCGACAAGUACAAGUUUCUGCUCAUGAAGGAAAGCAUGCGGCAAGUCCCCACGUCGGAACUGAUGAUGUUGGACCGCAUGUUUUUGGCGGACGAGCAGCAAUCGCUGAUGCGCAUGCGCUCCGACUUGGAGCAGCAACUGGUGGCAACGCCGCCGGAAGCCGCGCCCCCGGCCAACCACGCGCACGCGCAGACGUCGCAGGAGGUGUACGACGAGUGGGCGUGCAUACAGCGCGAGCUGGCGGGGUUGCCGCAUCACCAGCAGCAGCAGCACGCGCAGCAAAGUGAAACGGGAGUGAAACGGACGUUCAGCUCGACCGAUUCGCGCCUGGAGACGUUGAAGAAGUUCCGCGUCGAAAAGAAUCGGCAACGCGCCGCCGUUUCAAUGACGUGCGACAGCGCCAACCACUCCUUCUCGAGCCACGACGACAACGAGCCGGAGAACAACAGCAUCGACGAGCAGGUGCAAUCGGCCAUCGACUCGAUUUUAAAUUUGCAACAGAGCACCACGACAUCGGCAGCGCCGCUCGAUCUGGACUCGAUAUUAUCGUGACGGUUUUAAUUUCGUCGUGUCGCGUUCGUAGUGUGUCCUUGCACCGUUUUAUUGCACCGGGUUCUGCAAUUUUGCCUAAAAAAAUUCCUCGAAACUACCCAUUAAAAUGAUCAUGAUCACUCAAGUUUCCAUCGCUAUUUUUCGAUCUACAAACUAAACCAUUAAUGAUAGGUCAAAAAGUCAAUAAGCAAUUUUGUAGUACGUCAAAUUCCCUACAAAAUUCCCCCCAACAACUUUUUUGUAUAUCAAAUAGUUAAAAAGUUAUACUCACUUAAAAAAUUUAAUUUUUUUCUUCUAAAAAUUGGACUUAAUAAGCGUAUAACUUUUGAACUAUUAAUGAUACAAAAAAUUUGUUUGGAGACAUUUUGUGGGGAAUUAAAUGUUCUACAAAAUUUCCCUUUAACUUAUUGACCUCCCAUUAAUAGUUUACUUUGUAAAUCUAAAAAACGAAAUUAAAAUAUUCAAACGUAAUUUUCUUCCAAGUUUGAUUGCGAUUUUUAGGUCUACAAACUAAACCAUUGAUAAUAGGUCGAAAAGUUUUUUAGCAAUUUUGUAGUACGUCAAAUUUCCUUGUGGGGAAUUAAAUGUUCUACAAAAUUUUCCUUUAACUUUUUGACCUACCAUCAAUAGUAUAGUUGGUAGAUGUAAAAUACUGAACGUAAUUUGUUUCUUCAAAAAUCGAGGCUAAAAUAAACAAUGCUGCGUUUAAAUAUUAAAACUUACCUACUACUUAACAAAAAACACCUAUUUAUUUUCUUAUUUAGUACUAGUAGAAAACUUAAAUUAUUUUUAUUUAUUUUUAUGCGAAUUAAAAAAAUUCCACUAAGCAAAAAAAUGUGAUAUGUAUUUAUUAAAGUAUAUAAACGCAGCAUUCAUUUAGAUAUAUUUUGCAAAAAUAUGCAAAUUUUGUAUGAACCCGGUAUUUUGUAACCAAUCACGUGUAAGUGCAAAAAAAGUUUUUUUGUUUUUUUUUCCUUAAAAAUUAAAGGCAGCUAUUUGAUUUGAUUGGUGCAAAUCUUUGAUUGUGAUUAUUUUAAUAAUUAUUAUAAUGUAAAAAGAUAGUUAUAUAUGUAAUAAUAUUAUUUAUAUAUAUUUUUUUUUUCAGCACAUAAGUUUUUAUUAUUUUUUUAGUUAAACUUAUUGAAUUGCUCAACUCGCGAUUUUUAUCGCUCAUUUUAUUAAAAAAUGUUGGAUUUUACGUGGCCAGUUUAAUAUACAGUGUGGAUAAAAAAAAUGUUGUAUAAAGUGUGGGUUUGGUCAAUUUUUGUUUUAAAAAGUUGGCAAUAAUGACCUGCUGUCAAAAUCCAAGUUACAUUCGAAAAUUAUUUUUUUUACGUUGGCCCUACUGGGUGUUUGCAGGUUUACUGAACAAAAGGAAGUAAAACAUUAAAAUAAAUUUUUUCAAAACCAGUGAUUUUUUAAUUUUUUCCAUGUGCUAUUUUCUCGAUAUUUUUUGCAAUAAAAAGCUCAGUUGCGUAGAAAAAUAUGUAUUGUAAAAAUUUGUGCGAUUUUUUGUACAUACUGAGUAUCUAAAAAUUAUUUUAGCUUCUUAUGGAACACUUUUUAGAAUAAUACUAUGUAAAAACAUUGGGCCUAUACAUACAGGGUGAGUCCAAAAGACGCCUAUAAAAAUGUACCAAAAAUUAAAAGUAAUUUAAGUUUCUCAUGUUUGAUGUGUGGUGGGAGUCUUUUUGUUCACCCUGUAUAUACCUAUUAUUAGUAUUAGUAGCAAAAUUCUGCCAUUUAAUUCCAGUUACUGUAAAUAAAUAUAAUUAUUAAUUAGCACCUGUAAAAAAAUAAAAACUUGUAUAUAUUUUUAAUUUAUAUGUACUUAGAAUUAUUUGUUAUCAACUAAGAUUUAAUUAUUAAUUAAGACUGACUUCACAAAAAUUUGGUUCCUAAUUUUGGGAAAAGUAUUUCAAAUAAAAAAAGUUUAAUUG